CUUUUGGCCAAACAAAUCGUCUCACAUAUUCUCUUCACUAUCCACAUUUUGGAAUCAUUUAAAUUAAAAAUAUACGCGACUAACAUGCAGGUGACCUAGCCACGCAAUUUCUUGGAUCAAAUUAAUCGCUGCACCAUCAUCUUCACAUGCAAAAUAUUUUAACAAUAUCUAUUUCAUUUCAUUUCAUAGCAGUAUUAUAUAUAAAACAGAUCCUUAAAUGCCACCAAUAGAUGGGAUCGUUCUAAUCAGGUGAACACGAAACGUCAUAGCUAGAAGAUCAAAGAGUGUAGUAUAGCAUUAUUUGAAAGAGGAAGGAGACGAGAAAUUAGAUGAAGACGAAGAAAGAAGACAAGGCAGAUUGUGCAGCAGCAACAUCGAUAUCUCACGUAGGAAACAAAGUCUUACCUAUAAGCGAUGCAGCUCAAGCAUCAUCAGCAAGCAGCGGCGAUCAAUGUCCCAACGCAGACAACAAGAAAGAGAAGACGAAAGGCGACAAGAUGAAGACCAUUAGAAGGAUGAAGGAGCUGCUCAAAUGGGCAGCUGCUGCUAGGACUGACAAAGGAGCAAAAUACAUCGGUAGAAAGGUCUUGCAUUUUAGGAACAAAUCAACAGCGUUGAAGGCGGUGCAAGACGACGACGACCUCAGCAACGACUCUCCCAAGAUCAGCUUCAGAUGGGAAGUGGAGAGCUGCUCCACCACCUCGUCUGUCUAUUCGGCCAUCUCCGCGGUGGCGUCGUCGCUCAGACACGACCACAUCCUCGCCGCAGCUUCACUCAACUCCACCCCUUUGCGCGCUCGCCCGGGAAACUGGAUCACCACAGAUUCUGAAUGUCAGCACUCUAUAACUUUGGAUAUUAAUUAAAUAACUUUGCUGUAAAUAUAUAAAUCGUACGUCAUCUGAUAGCUUUUUAUUUGUUUUUUGGAUAGUUGUUGUGCUCGAGUUAUGAAGAUCGGAUGCAGAAAUCGAGGGUGCUACAACUAUAUGUAUUCACCUGUAUGUAUUCAUGUGAUGUUAUCGGUUGAAAUAUCAGGAAAAUGACGAUGUUAGUUUUUCAUUGGAUUCUUUCAAAAAAAAAAAGUUUUUCAUUGGAUUAUUACACAUGCUGAUCAAUAUAUAUGUCUUGACCAAUUUUCAAGAUUU